AUGUUGUUGACCACGUCGGAGGGAAAAACUUCGACGGCAUUCGUUAGUUGGUUAUCGGUGGCAUUCCUAUCAUCAUUCGUUCAAGACGUCCACGCUGCUACUUCCGAUGAUUGGAGAAGCCAAUCGAUAUAUCAAAUCAUCACGGAUCGGUUCGCAAGAACUGAUGGCUCGACUACCUAUGCUUGUAAUAAUACAGCGGAAUUGUAUUGCGGAGGGACCUUUCAAGGUAUCAUUAAUCAUCUAGAUUACAUUCAGGAUAUGGGAUUUACAGCUAUCUGGAUAUCGCCCGUGGUACAAAAUAUCAAUCAAACAACAAAAUACGGCCAAGGCUACCAUGGAUUUUGGAGUCAAGAUAUCACCAAGAUCAACGAACAUUUUGGAACUCCGGAUGAUCUCAAACUUCUGUCGUCGACCUUACACGAUCGUGGGAUGUAUUUGAUGAUCGAUGCGGUCAUCAACGAUAUGGCCUACGCAGGGCCUGGGAGUGAAACCGAUUACUCUACACUCGUUCCGUUCAACAAGAAAGAAUACUUUCAUCCUUUUUGUUACAUCACCGAUUAUUCGAACGCAACCAACUUUCAAAAUUGUUGGCUUGGAGACGAUACAGUUUCACUACCAGAUCUUGAUACCGAGUCUGACUUUGUGAAGCAAACAUGGGAAACAUGGGUAUCGGAGAUGGUGGCCAAUUAUUCUCUUGACGGCCUUCGUAUCGAUGCCGCUAAACACGUCGACAAGCCCUUUUGGCCUGGCUUUCAACAGGCUGCCAAUACAUUCACCAUCGGUGAAGUCUUUGACGAGUUGCCUAUCAAUGCAUGCGAGUGGGCCGUCGAUGCUCUUUCGUCUGUCCUCAAUUAUCCUGCCUGGUACUAUAUUACAUCUAUCCUUUCGAACUCUACAAAUGGCAUGGGAAGCUUAAGCUACCAAUUCGAUCAAAUCCAGCGAAACUGCUAUGAUACUACGCUUCUCGGCACAUUUAGCGAGAAUCAUGAUGUCGCUCGUUUCGGAUCCUACACAACUGAUCUAUCUCAAAGAAAAAAUGCUCUUACGUUCGCUUUCUUCACUGAUGGUAUUCCUGUGGUAUAUUAUGGCGCGGAACAAGGCUUUGACGGUGGUGGUGAUCCUGAAAAUCGUGGAGCACUUUGGCUAAAUCCAACUGGGUAUGAUAACACAUCAGUCUUGUAUCAACAUAUCAAGACCAUGAAUACCGCCCGUAACGCCGUCAACAACUAUAUGAUUUCCACCAAUUACUCUAACUGGAGUCCUUACUGGGGAUACAAAUCAGCAGUCAUCUAUCAAAAAGACGAUGCAUUGAUAUUUAGAAAAGGAAACGUCAAUUCAAUUGUGACAGCUAUUACUAAUGUUGGGACCAACGGUGGAACUGUUGGACCUUACUAUAUUGGAGACACCAAUUUUAGUGACGGAAUUCUUCUCAUUGAAAUAUUGAGCUGCAAUAGCACUAUUACAGGAGUCGGGGGAACUUUCACUCUUUCUUUGACAAAUGGGGAGCCACAGGUUUGGAUACCAGGUUCCCUUUUAGUGAACACAACCCUCUGUCCAAAGCCCAUGAAAGAUGUCAACAAAACCCAUACUGCCGUCAACUCUCUCUCAUCACACACAUCACCAUCAUCGGUGCUUUCCUUCUUUACCGCUUGCUUACUAUCGGCUUUAUUUUUCGUCUCUCAAUGA